UUUAAAUUUCCUUCCAAAUAUAUCGUCCGCAUUGGCAAAGGGAAAUGCAGUGCAGUGAGGACUGAUGAGGAUGAAACAGACGAUGGAGUGGGCGCUGAUUAGGAGAGGAAUUCUCAGCAAUACACUGCACAAACCUCCUCCUCAGGUACCUCUUCAUCCAAACGCUUCUCUUGAAUUUCACCCGCUUCAAAUUUCAACCCAUUUAUACGAUUCCUCAUCUGGGUCAUCUUCAAGUUGCUAUUUUAAGCCCGACCCAGACCACAAACAGCACUCUUUGAGCAAUUCUACAAUUGGGUCGUGUUUUACAUUUGCAUCGUCUUUGAAUUGCUCUUCAGUAUACCCUUUUUUAACCAAGAAAGAUAGGAAUUAUUCUACUGUUGGAGCUCUAACUUGUAAUGGUAACCUUGGGAAAGGGGAAAUAGACUGCCGCAAAGAACUAGAUUCGGAAAUUAAAGGUUCGUAUCAUCCAAACUUUCUUACAAAAAUCAUUGAUAUAAUUGUAAGAAAUGAGGAUGAUAUGGAGUGCAAGUUGAAUUUGAUUGCUUCAGGUCUUCUAGUGAAAUCCCAAGUUGCUCUUAAAUGGGCUACUGAGAUUUUUCGUGUUUUGAAUGUAAAAGGGGUAUCUGGACUGCGGUUUUUUAGAUGGUUGAGAAGUAUGUCUCCUGAGAUUAAGAGAAGUAGUAUCUUUUGUAGUAUGAUUAUUGAUAAUUGUGGGUGGUUAGAUGAUUAUGAAACCAUGGCUGCUUUGUUGAUUGAGUUUCGGACCGAAAAUGUUUGCCUCGCUAGAAGGGCGUUUCAGUUCAUACCUGUAUUUGGUUCGAAUGACGCCCUGUUAACUGAAUCUGUACAGAGAGUGAUUGGUGUACUAAGUGAGGCCGGGGGAUCAUGUUAUGCUUCGGGUAUCCAUGAAUUGGUUGAGAUGUUUUGUUCGUUCGACAAGUUUGAAAUGGCGAAGUUCGUUAUAGAAAUAUCGGAGGGAAAGGCGUCGUGCUAUGACGUUUUGGUUAAUGAAAUGUGUAGGAGAGGUCGUCUUCGAGAAGCACUUGGCAUUAUCCGUGGGAUGGUAGAAUUGGGGGUUAGAUGUGAUGCCAAAUCGUACAACUACCUGCUUAGCAGCUUGUGUAAGAUCGAUAAGAUGGAUGAAGCGUUUAGGGUGCUCGAAGAAAUGAAAGGAAAUGGAGUUCUUCCGAACCUCCAAACCUAUGAACUCUUCAUCCACUCGUUUUGUAGCCACGAGAAGUUGAGGCGUGUAUACCAAUUGUUCGAUCAGAUGGUGGCCGAGGGUCUUAAGCCACAGACCAAAACUCACGCCGCGUUUGUGAAGGCUUGUUUCAGCUCAGAAAGAUACGACGAGGCCUACAAGUAUGUCGUGGAUUCAAGUGAAAAGUAUUACAACUCGAGCAACACAGUUUACAGCUUGAUUGCAAGCCUUCAUAUGAAAAAAGGGGACUUUGGCACUGCUCUAAAGAUCAUAAUCGAAAUGAUGGAGAAAGACCUUAAACCGAACUAUGCAGUUUAUAAGAGGAUACUGAGGUGGUUAUUGGAUCACGGCAGGACAGAUAUAGCUAGUGAUCUAAAGAGCAGAUAUGCUGUGUUCAAACUGGAAUGCCCCCUAAAUGUGAACAGAAAUGACUAUGGAUAAUAAAUACUCUUCUGUUUUCUUUUUCACUUUUUUCAGGUCAUGUCCAAGCUUUGUAUGUAGAAUUUAGCAAUUAACUGCUCAAAAUAUUAGGCACAGAGAUCCCGAAUGAGUGAGACUUUUCAACGAGAACCUGCAGCUGUUAUAGCAAGUAGCA